GAACUGUCAGUUGACGUCUAGUCUAUCUGUUGGGGUGCACACGGAUUGACCACUCCUUUGGGCUUGAUUGGUGGAUAAUAAGGGGAAGAAACUAGUCCACAACCAUGACUGACGCACAACAGGAGGCCCGCUCCUACCUGAGCGAGGAGAUGCUUGCUGAGUUCAAAGCUGCCUUCGAUAUGUUUGAUACCGAUGGUGGCGGUGACAUCAGCACCAAGGAGUUGGGCACCGUGAUGAGGAUGCUGGGUCAGAAUCCAACCAGAGAGGAGUUGGCUGAAAUCAUUGAGGAGGUCGAUGAGGACGGCAGCGGCACUAUCGACUUUGAGGAGUUCUUGGUCAUGAUGGUGAGACUUCUAAAGGAGGACCAGGCUGGCAAGAGCGAGGAAGAGUUGGCAGAAUGCUUCCGCAUCUUUGACAAGAACGCUGACGGCUACAUCGACAGAGAUGAGUUUGCCGAGAUCAUCCGCAGCACCGGCGAGGCCAUCACAGAGGAGGAGAUUGAUGAGCUGUUGAAGGACGGAGACAAAAACGCAGAUGGCAUGCUGGACUUUGAUGAAUUCCUCAAGAUGAUGGAGAACGUGCAGUAAAACAAAGACUCAUGGACAUUCCUCUCCCCUUUGACCCUGUCAACUCAUCUUAUCCUGUCAAAUUUACUCACAAACCUUUACCAGCUCGCCUUCGCCUACUGCCCUCCAUCUUGACACAGCAGUGCCACUCCGACAAACAGACACCUAGACAUACGCCUGAUUAAAGUCUGCUGAGAUGCAUCCUAUCAUGUUCGGGUUCCUGGGAUUGGGCUAACCUGAAUGCUCCUGCGAAAUCAGAAGAGCCGAGCAUCAUUAUAUUAUGCUGCUAAAUAGUUCGACAGGUCUUACCAUGGUAGACCGCAGAUUGCUGGCCGUUUCAGUCUAUAUCUAGACUAGAUCAGCAGCUUGUUAUCGCUGCUUAGACCAAUGCUAAAACCUCAACACUGCAUUUGAAAUAAUGCUUAAAAAAAACAGAAUAAAAGGUUAAAUACAUGCUCAUGUUUAGUUUGUCUGAUGUUUGUAAGGUUUUGUUCUAAGGAGUUGCCAAUAAAGCAUUUUUUUCUUUUU